AUGAGGCAGGUCCGAGACCAAGCCAGGAAGCCCUGGCAGCAGGUCCGAGCCAGGAUCGGAGUCAGAAUUGAGGAGGUAGAGGAGGAUGAUGAUACUGAAUCACGAGAGGAAGAAGAGAAGGAAGAACUGAAAAGCUAUUCAAGAAGAAAGAUUUUUUCCAACUGGAGCCGCUAUGACGAUACAGAAAAAGAGGGGCAGAGUGAACGUGGGGAAUCACAGAGAGGAACAGACUUCAGUGUUUUGCUGAGUUCAGCAGGAGAUUCCUUUACACAGUUCCGAUUUGCUGACGAGAAAGAAUGGGAUAGAGAAAGCAUAUGCCAUAAGCAGUUAUCUGCACUUUCUGUUGACUGCCAGUCCUUGGUCCAGGCCCUUCAGGAAUUGCCUCUACAUCUGAGGUUGAAUGUAGCUGCUGAACUUCUGCAGGCAUCAACACCUGUAGAGCUCCCACAGAUGAAAUCUAAAAUUAUUGAAGAUGGCAAGAGAGAGCUUUUGUUCCGACAGACUCUGGCUCAAAGUGAAACGGUGUUGGUCUCCCAUCCCAUUGGUGAUUCUGUUGCUCCAUCAGAGCCUGGAAGUAAAAAUGGUCCUAGGGCAAGUGCAGCAGAACCAUUUCAGAGAGCCCAACCACAAUCAAAGCAAGAGACUGACCAUUUGGAUGAAGAACUAGAUCUUCUCCUAAAUCUAGAUGCUCCCCUUGAUACAGAAAACAGGCCUGUGUCAGUUUCAUUAUCCUACAACAUAUCAACUGAGAAAGAUGUGAAAAUGGAUUGUAAGGAAACCGACCCUUUAAAACUAGAUAUGCCUGAAGAGAAGAGUACAGCAUCACCGCAACAGCAAAGUACAUCUAAAAAUGUUACUGAGGAAGAGCUUGAAGAUUGGCUGGACAGCAUGAUUUCCUGAAGCUCAAAUUUUCUUAUGUGAAUAACUGAAUAUAGUAAACAUUAAGUAGAAAGUUGAAUCUUCCUUUAUAUCCUUGUUACUUCCUUUAUCUGUUUCACUUUGUGCAGUAUGCCAAAUGCCCGGUUUUCUUUGCUGGCACCUAAAAUUCUGUGCAACCAAAAUUCACUUAGAUGUGAUUGAAAAUUGUCGAAGACUAAUAUUCUUAGAAAGGUCUAAAAUUUGUAAUGAAAUUAGCAUUGCCUUUGCUAAAGAUGCAGGCUACAGCACACGAAGAGAAGAGUUAUUUCAGCUUGUACUUGCUCUGUGUAGUCCUUAAAAUAAAACUAUGAAUGAACAAUGAA